AAUGAAGAAUUUUUCGUUUCCAGGAAAGUCUCUGACACAGCACACGCACACUGUUGUAUUGUGAUUGUUUCCAGCUCCAUAGAAAAACACACAGUUGGUACCGGUACCACCACACCCAUCAUCACCACGAUGAAGAUAAUGGUAGCCAUAAAGCGAGUGGUCGAUUACGCCGUCAAAAUCAGAGUCAAACCCGACAAGACAGGGGUGGUGACCCAGAACGUGAAAAUGUCCAUGAACCCCUUCUGCGAGAUUGCACUUGAAGAGGCCCUCCGAAUCAGGGAAUCUGGUUUGGCCUCUGAGGUUGUGGCUGUGAGCAUGGGACCCUCUCACUGUGUGGACACUCUCAGAACUGGUCUUGCCAUGGGAGCUGAUAGAGCCAUCCAUGUUGAAGCCACUCUUUCCCUCUACCCUCUCUCCGUUGCCAAGAUUUUCAAAAAGCUUGUGGAGAUUGAGAAACCUGGCCUUGUCAUUCUUGGCAAACAGGCCAUUGAUGAUGAUUGCAAUCAAACAGGGCAGAUGUUAGCAGGACUCCUCAACUGGCCUCAAGGGACUUUUGCUUCAAAGGUUGUCCUUGAUAAAGAAAAACAGGUAGCCACGGUGGACAGAGAGGUUGAUGAUGGUAUUGAGACUGUGUGUUUGAACUUACCAGCAGUAAUAACCACUGAUCUGAGACUGAACCAACCAAGAUAUGCUACUCUUCCCAACAUAAUGAAAGCAAAGUCAAAGCCCAUAAAAAAAUUCACUCCGGAGGAGUUGAAUGUGGAAAUCAAAUCUGAUUUGGAGAUUGUUCAAGUCACAGAACCUCCCAAGAGAAAAGCAGGGGUUAUUGUUUCUUCUGUGGAUGAGCUGAUUGACAAACUAAAACAUGAGGCUAAUGUCAUCUAAUUAUUCUCUGCUUUCCUCUAUAUCAGUUACUUCUCACCAAAGUCAUAAAUAAUAUUGUACCAAGAUUCUGAUAUAUAUAAUCAAAUGACACAAUACUAUUCCUUAUACUUUUGUCUUUUGUGUAUUUAUCAUCAUAUCCUACAUCUUCUCUA